GGAUACUAAAAAGGGUUAUUGCCCGUUGUUGUGUCGAAGGUAUCUAAAAACGCUGUAGCUUUAAUUUUUGUUUUAAAGAUGAAAGUUCGCGGAUCUACCAUCUGUUGCAUCCGUUUUGGGCUGUUGUUUGAGACACUUUUUCAAGCUUCUCAUGAAAAGAUCAAGGCUUCAUUCAAGAUUAGUGCAUGUUAUGGCCUCACUCUGGUCUCCUGGUUCCCUAACGUGCGUACUCAAGAUCCCUUCCCAAACUUGUUACUGCCUGAUCCCCAUCCCAACCCCCUCCUUCUUUGCUCUAUGCAAAUACUUCAUUGCUAUUUCGCGCCACUGAGUUGGAUCCUUGCAGCGCCACAAACCGGUACAACAGUUUUAUGUAUUGAAAACGGCCGGAUUUUCCCAUCCUCUUGAUUUUAGCCGCGCUCUUUGCAUUGCCUUCGCGCGCGAGGGGUGCAUGGAUCAGGAGCAAGCGGUCGCGGAGGCCCGGCGCAAGUGCUUUCUGAACCGUCCAGGACCUCGGCGUCUUUCGCGGGGAAAAUAGUGCCCCGCCUUCCUGUCCCCGCCUCCUCGGAGUUGGGAGCUUCUUUGGCGCGAGUCUGGGCAGCGUGUUCCGAUUCCCCCAUCCGAGAAGAAAGGCUCCUGCUAGUGGCUUUACGCACCCAGCAGCAUGGAUCCCUUUGGCCUGAAGGGCGACCUUUCAAGAGACAAGAAAUUGUCGGCAUUCCGAAAUACAAAAUUGAUCCCCAUGGAAACCUCUUCAUCCUCUGAUGACAGUUGUGACAGUUUUGGCUCUGAUAAUUUUGCAAACACUAAACUGAAGUUCAAGCCAGAUGUCACAGAAGAAAUGGCUAAAAUUUUUCAUGAAAACUCUGACGAUGAAUCAUUCUGCGGUUUUACAGAAAGUGAGAUUCAGAAACUGGAGAUAGAUUCUGAGGAAAAUGUUACGAGAGUGGAAAAUAAGUUUUCACACAAGGGGCUACGGGAGUGCUCUGUUCGGCUGAUGAAAGUUGCUAUUAAAUUCCCACCUCCAAAGUCCAAGAGAGGAAAGAGCGAAAGUGUGGCAACUAAACCCAAAUUGGACUCGGACUCGGAUUCUGAUGAGGAAAGAGGCUCCAAAUUCUUAAAGAAAAGAGCUUUAAACAUCAAGGAAAACAAGGCCAUGCUUGCGAAGCUAAUGGCAGAAUUAAAAAACGUUCCUGGGAUUUUUACUGGGAAGGAUCUACUGGAAACUCCUACUCGAAAACUGCAGAGAUCUCCAAGAAGUGCUGUAAGAAGGAAUCCAGAAAGAAGUUCCAGACCUCACACAAGAUCCAGAUCUUUGAUCGAAGGUCCUCCAAUUCCUGUGUUGGAGAAUGACCCUUACUUCUUAGUGAGGAGAAAGAUAUCAGAUGACUUCUCAGAGGAUGAAAUGGUCACUCCCAGGAGACGACGUUCUGGCGCUAUGACUCUUCCCCACAUUAUCCGCCCAGCGGAAGAAAUAUCCGAGGAAGAGCUGAAUAAUAUCUGCAAGACUGUGCGAGAUAAAGUGUACAAUCGUGUGACGGGUUCCACCUGUCACCAAUGUCGCCAGAAAACUACAGACACCAAGACUAACUGUCGUAACCCCAACUGCUUUGGAGUGCGUGGCCAGUUCUGUGGGCCUUGCCUUCGCAACCGUUAUGGAGAAGAAGUCAGGACUGCUUUGCUGGACUCAAACUGGUACUGCCCUCCUUGCCGUGGGAUCUGCAACUGUAGCUUCUGCAGAUGCCGGGAAGGGCAGUCCGCUACAGGUGUAUUGGUAUACUUGGCCAAAUACCAUGGAUAUGACAAUGUUCAUGCUUACUUGAAAAGCCUGAAACAAGAACUUGAAAUGCAAGAAUGAAGCCCCGACCGUGUUCUGCAGUUGCACUGGAUGCUAAACAUGUUAAUUGUCAAUUUGAUUGCAGUUUUAAUUUCUGAUUUUUUUUUUAAAGCCUUUGGUUUGUUUAUUUUUUAAGCGCAACCAGAACAUAUCUGUCAUCUGCUUGAAAUUUCCUCUUGCAAAGCUUACCUUAUGCCGAUGUUUACAUACGUACCUGCUCCCAGCAUUCCCUUUCAGUCCGUUUUUUCCCCUUUAGUUUUACCAAACAGCAUGUUUGUUCAGGUACUACCUGCAGCACAUUUAGCAACAAUACAAGCAAAAGAAUUCUUUGCUCUUAAGGCCCUUUAAAAAUAUUAACAGCUCCGAGAGGAGUCCUGUUUCAUUUGCUGGUCUUGGAAAAUGGUUUGAGCUCCGAUAACUGAAUUUUGUGAAAUAAGUUGCAACAAACAUGGAUGCUUCUUUAAAAAUUGGGGAUUGGGUGGUGGCUUGAAGCAGAGCUAUCAAAUGCAACUUAGCACAUGCUGGUUUGGGGAUUUUUUUUGCUUGUUAUUUUCUUGAGCAUGUGUAGCUUGCUUUCUUUUUUGUAAUACUUUUAAUGCAAUAUUUAGUAACUAAGGGAGUGCUUGGUUGAGAAAGUCAGUCUUGCUUUUUGAAAUGUUACUGACGCAUCUCAUUGGCCUGAAGACCGAUAUGUACAGAAAACAUUUUAGGAUGGCCUGUGCUGUAGCCAAAGAUCAAAGUUCCAUGUACAAGAACAAUUGUAAUUGUGCCCUUUUCUCCUGCCCCCUCCUAGUUAUGUGCACAGGAUAAUAUUUAACAUGAAUUCCAUCCUUUGCAGCCCUUGUUCACAAAACCCAAUUGCAGUAGCUGAAAUGCAAUAGUUUUAUUAUGUCCACAGGAAUUACAGGUGGGGGUAUGUGUGUGUAUGAACUUUGCAAAUUUAGUAUUGUGAGGAGCUCUGAAAGCCAGACGUUUGCUAUUGCACAUGGGCCAAGCAGUUAGUGGCAAUGAGAUGAGCUCCAAAAAUAAACCAAGACCAACUAUAGGAAGGGACUGUAUCUAUUGUUUGCUCUGGAGUCCAAAGAGGAGAGGUCAGGCAAGUGACAGUGUUCCAGAGGGCAAUAUUUGCUAAGAGAUGAAGCAGUAGAAUGUUCCACUGACUUGCCCUUCAAACACCAGUCAUUGCAGUCAAUCAUGCAGUCUCUCUUGGAGCAAGCUGACAACUGAGAUUACAGUUGCUUCAAAUUAAAAUGCUGUAGAACUUUGAAGAGUGGUGCUAGAAGUACAGUUACACUAGUUUUACAGUUAAUUCGAGGAGGGGGGUUGAAAUAUACUUGCACACGACCAUGCGUUCCUAAGUCUUUAGGGUUGGAAGGGAGCAAAAGCUUCUUUAGAUACUGCAGUGUCUUUCUGUGGCUUUUGUUGUACGGCAUAUCGUUUUAAGGUCAAUUGCCUCAUAUUAUAGGGCAAGUUCCGUUGUUCAGAGAGCUAGGGAUCUCUCUCUGGGAAUGGAAUGUUGUGCUUUGCUUUCCUAUUGUAUGUUUGGACAGGUUUUCAUAGCUGUUUUGUCCUGCCUGAAGAUUACAUUGGCAUUGGGAUGGAUACCUAGUACUCAGGUACAGGGGUGGAAUUCUACCAGGAGCUCCUUUGCAUAUUAGGCCACACACCCCUGAUGUAGCCAAUCCUCCAAGGGCUUACAAGGCUCUUUUUUUGUAAGUUCUUGGAGGAUUGGCUACAUUAGGGGGUGGGGCCUAAUAUGCAAAUGAGCUCCUGCUGGAAUCCCACCCCUGCUCAGGUGUAUCCUGCUUUUUUUCUAACUGUCCUAGAUUGUCUUUGGUCCCACAUUAAAAGGCUGGCUCCAAGGUCGCACUGUUGUAUGCCAUGCAGCUUUCGCUCAAGGAUUUUGCAGGGUUUUUUUUUAAAGGACUGUAAUUAUACUGAUAUGUUGAAAUAGGUUCUCAAAUGCUGUAUGGGUCCUAAUAUCUAGGAAGCUCUUAAUGUACAAAGUUUAAUUUUGAUAAUUAAAAAAAACUGCUUAGAAA